CUUGAAGGUUAUAUAACGUCCUACACAAUAUUUUAAACAGACAAUAUGUUAACGCAAUGUCACAGAGAUAAUGGUUCUUCUUAUCAUUGUAAACGAAGAGAUAACUUGGACUAAUUAUGUGUGAUAGCGACUCAGGACUAUCUAUAAGCAUGAAUGGGAGUCAAAAUGAUUCACCUACUCAAGGUCUUGUUUUCGUUAGAGUCACCAUGCCAGAUGAGACCAGUGAAACAUUUAGUUUCAGCCCAACCGAUUUAAUCGUGGAUGUCAAACUCACAGCUAUAAAAAGAUCAAGUUCUUGCUUGAAGGAUGAGUUGAACUAUGGUCUGUUUCUUCCUCCGUCAAAAGGAAAAGCUGGAAAAUUCUUGCAGGAAGACAGAAUGUUACUAGACUAUCCCUUCGAGGGUUCGGUUGGUCACGUAGAGUUGAAAUAUAAACAACGCGUCUAUCGUGUUUUGAGAACAAAUGUGAAUAAGCUCCGUAAAAUAAAUACCAAGGCAAAUUUUCGUCAGUUUAUUGAAUAUGUCAAGGUGGGUGAUGUAGAUAAAGUUAAUAAAUGGUUGAAUAAAGGACUGGACCCAAAUUUCCAAUGGAAACCAAACGGAGAAACUCCACUCACCAUGGCUGUACAAUUGGAAAAACCAUAUGAAAUGGUUAUGGCUUUAGUGGCUGGCGGAGCACACUUAGAUUAUCGGGCAUCAGAUAGUAUGACACCGAUCCAUCGUGCUUCAGAGAAAGGCAAUUAUGAAGCUAUCAAGGUACUUCUUGAUCUUGGUCAAUCACCGAAUACAAGGGAUAAGGCAGAUUUAACACCAUUAUAUUAUGCAGUAUUGAACAACACAAUAUCUUUAUGUGUUGAACGAUUACUAUUUGAUCAUUCUCCUCUUGGAAUAGCAGAUGAAGCAGGACUUCAAGAAAUACAUCAGGCAUGUCGAUUUGGUCGUGUACAACAUUUGGAAAUUUUACUUGCCUACGGUGCUGAAAUUAAUGUACAAACAUCGAAAAACGGCAACACCCCACUUCAUAUAUGUGCAUACACCGGGCAAGAAUCCUGUGCUCGGAUGUUGUUAUUUCGAGGUGCUGAUAAAAAUAUAAAAAAUUUCAAUGGACACACGACUUAUGAACAAGCAAUGAUUUCUAAUCACAUAGAAAUAGCAGAUUUAAUUAAAGGUUUUCAUGAACAAGAUGUUGUUCCAAUUCGUAAUUAUCUAAAGCGUAAUCUUCGUCGAAGAUCAUUUUCACGUAUACGAUCACAGCAAAGGUGUUCUAGUAUGGGGCGACUGAAUGACUUCUCAAAGCAAAAUGGAAUAACUGAAGUAGAUGGAUUACCUGAAUUUGAGAAAGGUCAUUGUAAUACACUUAAAGGGAACCACAUGAUAAGAAAUAAUACAUGGAUGAAUACCAGCAUAAGUGGUUAUAAAUUAAAUUCUAUAUCUGAUUCCAUAGAUUUUAAUGAUAAUAAAAAUUACAUGGCAAUGUCUGAUGAUCAGAAUAAUCAUUUAAGCCAAUCUAGAUCUGCAUAUAAUCUCAACAAACUAUCGAAUGGUAUCAAUCAGAAGUGCCAUGAUCCUAAUGACAUAGUUUAUCUUAACUAUUCAGCUACCAUGAGACCAUCCCAAAGUCGUCGUACAGGACGUUCAUCAACACCAGCAGCACCUCGUACAUCAAGUGAAUCCUUCAAAACAACUAAUUUACAGGACCGACACAGUACAUAUCGUCCAAGUUUAGAUCCAGCAUGGAUAUCUCAAACAAAUGAAAGUGGCUCAGAAACAGCAUCUAUCUUUAGCGUUAGUUCGUCUAUGCGGACUCCAUCCACGAAUAGUGUUAGGAAUGGAUCAGCAAUCUUGCAGUUAUUAUUGGCAAAUCGUGAUAGUAUUGCGGAUUUGGAUACCACCAACUUGCCUAGAAUGAUUGCACUUCAAAGAGGUCCGAAUGGUUUUGGAUUUGUUGUACGUGGUAAAAAAGGAAUAUCUGGAAAUUUUACACCAUGUCUUGAGUGUCCAGCAUCACAAUACCUUGAGAAAGUUGAACCCCAUAGUGCAGCAAGCAAGGCAGGUUUGAAAGCAGGUGAUUUUAUAUUGGAGGUAAAUAAUAUCAACGUUACUACAAUGUCACAUGAAGCUGUUGUCUCACUUAUUAGAGGUUCCAGUGAUAUUUUAGGUCUAAAAGUGAUAACUGUUGACUCUGAUCAAAUUAAUUCAACUCCCAAAUUAUCACAUCAAUCCGCAAAAAGUAACAAAUUUUACGAAUCUUCAGACAACAUUUACAGUUCAAAAGCAAAAAAGUCCAAUUAUGAGGAUAAGUUUUCAAACAAACAUUGUGACUCUGUAGAAAAUCAUUGGCCUAGGAACACUGAAAAUGCUUACAAAACCAUUUGUAGAGACUCAUUUUAUAGAAAUCAGAAUAAUUUCUCAAUACUAUUAGAAAACUCAACAAAUAAAUCUUCGUCCAAUGAUUUUAUCUGUGGAGAAAAAUUAAAGUCUCUUCGACUAGAUCCCAGUCCAUCGGUAUCCUCAAUGGACGUACCUUCAUACAGAACACCAGCCCCCGCACCACCGUCUAGUAAACCAGUUCUAACAACUGGAGCUUUAUCUAAAAGUGUAUUCCAAAAUGGACCAUAUUAUAAAAAAGCAGAAUGUAAUCUGACUAUUAGCUUAAAGCAGAUAUUUUAUCUUCUCAGUAUUAUUUAAUGUGAGUCCUAUGUUUUUUAGUCCAGGCCAACACUCUCAGAAAAAACUUUCGAUUCUGUAAAUAAACCUGAAAAUUCUUUAUCCUUUGAUCAUCCACCUCCUCCAACUCCACCUCCUAUAUCUUCUAGCAGCAUAAAUUUAAUACCAUCUCCACCGCCACUUAUGACAACUCCAAAUAAAACGUCUUCCAGUAUAAACUCUGAAUUGCCAACAGGUAUUCUGAAAAAGACAUCACAUGAUAAGUUUUCAGAAAGUAUUAAACCGUCUAAAAAUUUAGAAGAUGCUCGGAACCAGGAUAUUUGGUCAGAUCAGCUCUUACUCCCUCCACCCCCGCCUCCAGAGGAAUUUGAAUUAAAUGUUACUGAACCGGCGACUCGGCACUCUAAUUGCCAACAGAAUUCUAAUGGUUAUAACAUUAAUAAUCAUACUGCUUACAAAACCUUUUCAUUAUCACAAACUGUUAAGAAAACAUCUUUUGAAGAUAACCUUAGAAGGGCAGUAGCUGAACGCCGUCGUGUGAUUGAAAUGGCUUCUGGAGAGGAUGACCAUGAUUCAGAAUCAAUACUUAAUAAAAGUUGUCAUAAUACAACGUAUACAGAGAAUAAUACCAGAACUCUAAAACAGCAAGCAGAAAUUGUUUCAUCAAAUGAAAAGUCAUUUAAAACGGCUGCAGAAAAACUACAUUUUCAGACAUUAUCUGGUAUUUUACCAACGAACAAUACUAUUCCUCCACCGGAAAAUUUUAAAGAUUUCGAUAACUCCAUGAACAAAGUUCAUUGUAAUACGGAACUAAAUAAUGACAAAGUUCCAAUAGCAACUAAACCAAAGCUUCCAUUAACACAACCAUCUUAUACUAAAAACGUAAACACAAUUCAAGGUUCAAGAACUAUUGAACAAAGUAAACUUAAUUCGGUAAACUCAUUGACCAAUAUCAGUUGUAACGGUGCUCAUAAAACUGAUUUAAUGCGAGAGAUCUCGACAUUUAAACAGAACACUGUUACGGAAACGAAAACGAGUUCUGGAAAAUCUAUUGGUUAUCCUAGAUCCACAACACCCUCGUCGCUUCAAUCAUCAUCUUAUUUUAUUUCUGAGGUUCCUAAAAUAAUGUGGUCUACCAAAUAAAGUCAUUUCAAGAAAGUACAGUAAUUUAUCUGUUGAUUAAAUUUCUUUCCUGUUACUAUGUUAAUGAAACAGAUUGUUAAUACGUGCUCAGAUUCUUAUUAUCGUACAAAACUAAGUACUUUUCAGAAAGUCUAUUGUUUUUUUUUGACAAAUGAUAAAUUGGUCAAGUUGUAAAAAGAACAAAAACAGAAACCAAAUUUAGGCUUGUCAUAACAUAGAAAAUUGUUAACAAUAUCCAAUUAUUUAGUUUUCAUAGAGUGAAAAUGCUUAGUAUUCAUUUGUUCAUCCAAAUAGGCAUGUUCAUUGGGUUAACUAUUUUAGCGUUCAUUUCUUAUUUAACAAUUAUUCAUAUCUAUGAAAUGUUUUACUAAACAAUAAAUACCACAUACCACAUUAUUGAGAAGUGUGAAAUAAUCUCGACAAUUGUUCAUUCAUGUAGUUACUCAUCUUAAUUAAAACCACACAUUAAGCUGUACUGAUCUCUUGAAGUAAUGAUUAAUAUCAAAAAUAACGGAUUUUCAUUCGUUAAUGAUAAACAAUAAUGUAUUUUUUUUCAAAUUCAAAUAAUUGUUUAUUAAAAGAAUAUAAUUUUAAUUAAAAUGAAAUGAACAAUAAUAAAAACAGUAAAUGAUUUUGUUAUUUCUAGAUAAUUUAUUUACUUUUCAUAUUAGUAAAUGUCAGUUCAGCUAACAACUAAAUUACACCAAUGCAAUAGAAUCAGCAAG